GGAGAACUUGUACAUGCGAGUAUGGAAGCUGAAAUAGAAUGAUUUUCAACUCAGCAUAUUUCUGAGCUCCACACUGAGUUGGUCUUUGCAAAGCGACUUAAGAAACGUGGAUGAAAAAGAAGGAGUUGCACAAAAAAAAGAACACCAGAAUGUUUAAAUAGAACAAUGAAUCAUCAAGAUUUUUCUAACUUAUGUGGGACAAAGAUGGGUGAACAAGCCCCGCCUUAUGAGGUGUGACACACUUGAGGUGCAUACAAACCCGAGCUGUCAGAAAGCUUCCAUCACAAUCCGUCACAUCUGUGGAGGAGGCACUUUGGAUUUCACUCCCAGAGGCCUUUCGGACAGUCAGUCUCAGGAUGACGCACCAGUUCCCGACGCUCUCUGAGGCUCAGAAGAGGGAGCUGCACGAGACAGCUCUACGCAUAGUUUCUCCAGGGAAGGGCAUCCUGGCUGCAGAUGAGUCUGUGGGCAGCAUGGCCAAGCGUCUGGCCCAGGUUGGAGUGGAGAACGCGGAGGAGAACCGCCGGCAGUAUCGGCAGAUCCUCUUCAGUGCAGACGACCGGAUCAAUGGCUGCAUCGGAGGAGUCAUCUUCUUCCACGAGACCCUGUACCAGCACACUGAUAACGGAGUACCCUUUGUCAAGUUGAUCAGAGACAGAGGCAUCCUGGUUGGCGUCAAGGUUGACAAAGGUGUAGUCCCCCUGGCAGGAACAUGUGGAGAAACAACCACACAAGGUCUGGAUGGGUUAUCCGAACGCUGCGCGCAGUACAAAAAAGACGGGGCCGUCUUUGCGAAGUGGCGCUGCGUGCUCAAAAUCAGCGAGGCCAAUCCAUCGAAACUGGCCAUCACGGAGAACGCAAACGUUCUGGCGCGCUACUCGAGCAUCUGCCAGCAGCACGGCAUUGUUCCCGUCAUAGAGCCGGAGGUCCUGCCCGAUGGUGACCACGACCUGAGGCGCUGCCAGUACGUCACUGAGAAGGUCCUGGCCGCGGUGUACAAGGCCAUGUCCGAUCACCACGUGUACCUGGAGGGAACCCUCCUCAAACCCAACAUGGUCACCCCGGGACACAGCUGCUCCAUCAAGUACAGCCCGGAGGAGGUUGCCAUGGCAACCGUCACCGCCAUACGACGCACGGUCCCCCCAGCCGUCACAGGGAUCGCGUUCCUCUCGGGGGGUCAGAGUGAAGAGGAGGCCUCAAUUAAUCUAAACGCAAUCAACAACUGCCCUCUGGCCAAACCCUGGAUCCUGACCUUCUCAUUUGGCCGAGCCCUGCAGGCCUCUGCUCUCCGGGCCUGGAGAGGGCACAAAGAGAACGAGAAGGCCGCUACGGAGCAGUUCAUCAAGAGGGCAGAGAUUAACAGUUUGGCGUGUCGGGGAAAAUACACCGGCGGUGACAACCACGGCGAGGCGGGCCAGCGCGUCUACGGCUCCAGCCACGCAUACUGAGGAGCACAAGGAGUCCCAACCCAACCACCGUUGUGUCCAUCAAUUCCAUGUCAAGAUGUAGCACAGAUUAAUUCUGCUUUAGAUACUUUAUCUGAAGGGUACAUAGACACAAAUGACGGUGUGAAAACAACUGAGAGCAUGUGUUUCUUUUUCUUUUGCCAAACUCGAACUAAAGCUUUUGGACAUCACGGUCGUGACACUGAGUUUUUGGCCGCAGUGUAAUUAUAGUAGUUUAUGUAACAGUUAUUUAGAUAGUUAAAACUUCUUAAUAUCUCAUAUAGGUGAUACUGUUCCACAACACCUAUUACUUGAAAGUGUACUCUAGUUAUACAAAGCUUCUCUGUGUGUGUGCAUGAGUGACUCUGAGUUGUUUAUCAUUUGCUUAGCAUAAAUGGAAAUAUGCUAAUUUGCCACUGCUCUCCACGGACAUAAAGCACCAUAUGCAAAAUGAUAAAAACAACACAUGUGGUGUUAUCCUCAUGACUGUUCUCUAGAAAAUUGUCUACUAGGAUAUAGAUAACGAUGAAAUAAAACUGUCCUGCAAAAUCUGGUGUUUUCAUGUGAUGUCCAAUUUUUCUUGAACAUGCUUAUUUAUUAUAUUUUAUGAGGAAAAACAUAAUUCAAGUGAGGGUAAGGUUGAUCAUCAUCCAUCAGAAUUAUUAUUAUUUUUUUCUUUUUAAAACGCCCAUGUUCACAAUAGAAUUACACUUAAUAUUGAUUUACACAAUUUUUGGCAUUAUUUCUGUAGUACUCAAACAUUAACUAAACAUAUUGUAAAAGCAGAGUAUUUUUACGUUUGUCUCUUAAUCAAGGCUUUAGUUAAGUGUACUCAAAUUGAAAAGUAGUAGAAUCACCAAAGAAUUACUCUAUUCUGAAUAAUGCAUUUUAUUAUAGAUAUGAAUGAUAGUUUUUUGCGUAUUUCCGGAGUUAUCUACAUCUAAUUAUAAAUGUUUUUUCAUCUCUUGACAACUUUGUGCAUAGUGGAAAAUGUCACAUUUGUGCAGUUUGCUUUCUGUGUUUAAAAUGAGCCAUUUUGAGAUUUUACAUCUCUUUAUGUCUUACACAUUUUAUUAGCAGGAAACAACCCAAAAAAGGUGUAAGCUUAAUACUUGAAUGAUAUAAAUUAGCCUUCUAACAAUUAAAUCCAUCUCUAUAAUUGGCAUUAGGACUCAUACUAAUAAAACUUUACGUUUUUGACUCAUUGUGUCUAGUGUUUCAAUGUUUUUAUCCAGACUGAAAGAGUUUUGUCUGAGUAGCUAACUUAUACCUUUAAAAUAUUACC